AUGUUCUGCUAUCACUGUCCUCCUUCGCUGCAUCCGGCCGGUCCACAUCCGCCGCGAUUACCGACACUGGAGUACCCGUUCGCACCGACACAUCCCUAUACCAGCUAUUCCUACCAUCCUGCCAUUCACGACGAAAGUUUCGUAAGAAGAAAACAACGAAGGAAUCGAACGACCUUCACUUUGCAACAGCUCGAAGAACUAGAGACUGCCUUCGCCCAAACUCACUACCCGGACGUAUUCACCAGGGAGGACUUGGCAAUGAAAAUCAACCUGACCGAGGCCAGAGUGCAAGUUUGGUUUCAGAACCGACGGGCCAAGUGGCGCAAGGCAGAACGACUAAAGGAGGAACAGCGAAAGCGGGGCGAUGGUUCCGAUCCGCAGUUAUUGAAUGAUAAGCUCGAAACCGACAGCCGUGACUCUAGUCCGGAUAUCACCGGCGACCCGGAUGACGACGAUAUGCGCAGUUCCAGUGCACCACCGCUGAGCCCAAGAAUGGACUCAGAACCUGACAGGCCGCACUCGACCACUCAGCUGCAUUCGAUGACACAAUCCGGUUCAAACAGUGCAGGGACGCCGUCUCCUGGUUUAAAAUUUUCCCAGCAGUCAGAGCUAAGUCCGACACCUUCCAUGUCGGCAGACUCGCCCAUCGAAGUUGGUGGGCCUAUUUCGUUAACAACGUCGACACGUGCUUCGGCAGAGGACUCCAGCCCACUGCCAACUCUGGCCAGCAAUAGCAACAAUAAUAACAACACCAGUAACGGUCCGAAUUCGACUGCAGCAGCGAACGGAACUCCCAGCUUCAGCAGUCAUCUCUUCGGCAGCUUCAGUGAGAGCAAUGGAGGAUUUCGUCCGGUUUUGGAUAACGGACAACCGAGAACUACCCCGCCACUAUUUCUUCCCCCUCACCUUGCUUCGCUUGGGUCACAAUUUGCCCCACCAUUAUUUCCAAAUCUUAAAGCCGCCUUUCCCAGUUUGUGUUCAUGCUGUCCGGUAAAGUCCCCAAUCACUUCCGGAUGCUCGACGGCCAGCUCGUCACCCAGCUGCACGACUUUGUCGCACUCGCUUGCUUCAGCUGGUACCACAGCAACGAACAGCAACAGCGGAGUAGCUGACCCACGCUCAUCCUCCGUAGCCGAACUCCGACGGAAAGCCCAAGAACAUUCGGCAGCUUUGUUGCACUCGCUGCAAGCGGCCGCGGCUGCAGGAUUAGCGUUUCCGGGGUUUCACUUGCCACCGUUGUCAUUGCAUUCGGCACUCAGCGGUGGCCGUAAGCCUAGCGAUUUCAUCAGUGACCUCUCGAUGCACCACCACUUGAGCAAUCACGCCGCAGGACUGACCGCGCUCGGCGGGACGCCAAAUCUAAACAACAACAGCCCGAACAGCACCAACCACAACAACCCCUCGAAUGUGGGAGAAAUGUCACCAGGCAGCAGGCACAGCGGUGAUAAAUCCAUCAGUGAUUAA